GCAUUUGGCGGUGACCAGAGCAGCGAAGCACCUCUCCUGCCCACUACCCUCGGCGGCUCCGUGCGCACUGUGCCCUCCGCUCGCUCCCUCGCCCGCUCGCGCUCACUCCCGCCCGCUCGCCGCACAGAGCACAGCUCAGCAUGACGCCCACCAAAGUCCACGUGCUGGCCGCCGCCCUCCUCCUGGCUCUCGCCCUCGCCAGCCCCGCGCCUCAGGACAAGCCGCUGGAGGCCGCGCCGAACCAGCCGCAGCACCCUGUCCACCUGCAGAAGAGAGCAGCGCCCCAAGACUCCAGUCCGGAGCAGGACCUGGCCGCCUUCAAGGACCUGCUCGUCGCCCAGGUGGCGGCCGAACUGCGAAGAUCUUGGCAGGAGCCUUCCGCUCUGAGGAGGACCCUGGUGGACGAGGACGGGCUGGAGGAGGAGCAGGCCGCACAGAGCAAGAAGAAGAGGAUGUUCGCUCCUCUCUCCGGCCUCCCCGGCGAGCUGCCCACCAUCAAGAGGCAGAUCCGCUACCACCAGUGCUACUUCAACCCCAUCUCUUGUUUCAGGCGAAAGUAAACAAGACGCCAAAACGUAACGCGGCGACGACGCCUCCAGCCUGGCGCCGUCGCCCCUCAUGUAGACGCAGAUCAAGAAGAUGCUUUCAGGACAGCAAUCCUGUUCCCAUUUCAGUCCUCCUCCUCUGACCCUCCCCGCGCCUCCUCCAGCCAGCCUCGACAACUUCCUUGAGCCAACUCCAGGCACCUGUUGGAAGAGCGCGGCAGACUAUGAUCACCUCUUUGUACAGAUGCUAAGCUCUAAUGAUGUUCUCGUCCUAUAAUAAAAUUGCUUUAGUUACGAUAUAUUUAGGAUAAAGUUGUGCAUUUUUUUAUACUGAGAAAAUGCACGGUAUACUGUAACAGUUCUAAUAAAAUAUCUGGAAGUUUGUAGGAAAUUUGUUGCUCGGAUCACACCCCAUCCUGUUGAACACAACAUGAUACAGUAAACAUCUGCUGCCCGCGUGCAAGGUGACCUGAGGUGGCAGCGACCUCGCGACGCGGUCUCGCUGUGCAUCUGUCACUUCCUGAAGAGAACUGCAUCUUGAUAUGAAGUUUCCCAAGUGUAUAUUCAUGAUAAAUGCAACACUGAUCUUGAUAUCCAGCCUCGGAUUUGUUUUAUUGGGCGAUUUCCUGGCAAAUAAAAUUACUGUGGAAAA